ACGAUCUCUUCUUUUCUUAACGUUCAUACGUGGUGCUCUCGUUCCGCGACUCGACGAUUAUUAUCUCAUUUGUUAUUAUCCAGGAUCACAAAUUUCGAGAGUCGCAAUAUUUUCCUUUUCUCUCAUUUUUUUUUUUUUUUUAACGCGAGUUAACCUAUAAAGAAUUGUCUCGUCGCGAGACGAUGAUUCUCGCGAUCGGCGCGGCGCGAUAACGCGAUCGAGGAAACGAUUUUUCGGAUCUACGAGGAAUCCGCUCUCGUUUCGUUUCGUCGCUCGCGUUACAUUGUUUUCGUGGCCGACGUAAACGCGCGGCGAUCGAAUGCGCCUCGUUGAAUGCUACCGGCAGUGGUCGAUCUGGAAGCCCGUGCUCGUCGGGGUACCGUAAGCGGGUGCUGCAAACCAAGGUAGCACCGGUGGCCGCGAUGGACGCGCGCGUGGUCGUCGGUGCGCCGGUCGCGGAAGAGACAUCGGUAGCAGUUGCGGUGGCGGCGGCGGCGGCGGCAGCUGGAAUGACGCGAGGCGUCGCGACGCCCUCGCCGAUACCUUCCACGCCGAGCACCCCCGUAACCGCUAUCAGCAACGGCAGCGGCGGAACGACCGUCGUCGCGACCCUCGCGUCCGCAUCCUGCGUCUCGCAGAAUCCCGUCGUCGUUGUGGCCAAUUCUUCCAGCAACCAUCAACAAUCAGCCGGCGUGCCGGUCGCCGCCGUGCCUAGGAUACUCGGCAGAAAUGUCAACGGCACCUUGGUGCAGACGUCCGUGCCGCAGAAUGAGGCCGAGUUGCAGUUAUACAGAGUGAUGCAGCGCGCCUCGUUAUUGGGAUAUUACGACACACUUCUCGAAAUGGGAGGCGAUGACGUGCAACAAUUGUGCGAUGCAGGCGAAGAGGAGUUUCUGGAGAUUAUGGCGCUGGUCGGCAUGGCGAGCAAGCCGCUUCACGUCAGGAGGCUCCAGAAAGCUCUUCAGGAAUGGCUCACUAAUCCUUCAUUGUUUCAAACGCCGGUCGUGCCGACGAAUGCUGCCGCCAAAAGUUCUGUCGCCGUCACCGUGGGUUUCGCGUGUGCGAGUCCGCGGUCGCAGAUGCAGAGCCUCCCGACAAGUUUCAGCGCGACAUCCCAAACUUCCUUGACAUCAAUGCCCUAUGUAACGACAACGCCUCACGUGCCGCUGACGCCGUUGCCUUGCCGGAGCGCCAGUCCGGUCGUGCCGGUCACCAGUGUGCCCGUACCGACGUCCUCUACGACCUUUCGCCAGAGCCCGAGCCCAAAUACCUCUUUACCUUAUACGACUACGCACAGUCCAAAUGUGUUGCAGGUAGGAACGUGCGAAUCUUCUUGCGGUAGCGGCACGACGCCAAGCCCGAGUGGCGGCGUUCACCGUUUCAGGAGGAAUUGGACCUUCGUUGUUCCGGAACGGAUAUUGAUAAUUCCAUCACGAGAAGACAUAGAUCAUCGAGUCUGGAGGAAGAAGAAUAACAAUGGCAUAUUCAGUGCUAGCGUGGAGGAAAUCAGCGAUUCGGACAGCCAAUUCUCAUUCUCUAACGAGGAAUCUUCGUCUAUGCAUGAUACAAAUGAGGCGGAGGCUGAAAACACCGAUAAAGAAGGCGACUUUAAUCUAAAGGUAAUAGCCUCGCGCGGAGACAACAUAAUUGCCGUGGCGAAUCCUGCAUUAAUGGAAUGCAGUCAUCCUGUAAAAGAGGAGCCCGCGGAUGAGAAAUCCACACUGUGAUAUUACUUAGCGUUAUUUACUGCCGCACUAUCGACGAUACGAUGGCUGAUCCUGCUGGUCAUUGUUCACGUUAUCACGAUCAUCACUUACGCCGAUUCUAUAUCUCAUACGUUAUCAAAUAACGAUAGCAUUUGUGACGUUUGCUGUAAUCAUAAGACUUAUUCGCUAGUAUUUUCGCACUAUGUGAUCGCGAUCUUUUUCAACGUGAUUCUUUAUGUUUGUUCGAAUGAUGUGAGAAAUAUUUAUGAUACUGCCUGUGUUAUCUGAUUCUAGCGAAAUACAAACACACACGAUAUUGUAUAGCGAUUACGAGUGUUUAUAGAGAGAAAGAACGAGAGAGAAAAGGCGAUAGGAAAUAAAAAUAAACCGUUUAAAUCAAAAGAGCGACUGAAGUAUGUAGUAUUAUAAAAUGUAUGUCGUAAGAGUAAAUAUGUAAAU